UCUCCAAACUAAUGGCUUGGGGUUGGAUAGUGGGCUCAACAAGCCUCUCGAUGGCUUACCCUGAAAUCCUCAUCUCCGUGGCUUUCUUACUUUCCUUCUUCUUCUUCUUCUCCUCCUACCGCUUGCGGAGGCAUAAGCUUCCGUUGAAUUUGCCUGUUGUCGGCAUGGUUCCAGAUUUAUUCUCUCAUAUCAGCCGGGUCCAUGAUUAUGCGGCCGAGUUCCUGGCCGCGGCCAACUGGACCUUCGUGUUCAAAGGUCCGUGGUUGUCGGGCAUGGACAUGACGAUCACAUGCGACCCGGAUAACGUGAACUAUGUCUUCGUUACGAGGUCGUCCAACUAUCCCAAGGGCGAGGAGUUCGCCGAGAUGUUCGACAUCUUCGGCGACAGCUUGCUCAACAGCGACGGCGAGGCAUGGAGGAGCCAGAGGAAGAUGAUCCACAGCUUGAUGAGCAACAGGAGGUUCCGCUCUUACGAGCUCAAGGCUAACCGUGACAAGGUGGAGAAGCGGCUCAUUCCUCUUCUGCAGGGCGUGGCGGAGCAGAACAAGGUGGUGGACUUGCAGGACGUGUUCUUGCGGCUGACCUUCGAUACUGCUUGCUCCUUGAUCCUCGGCGUGGAUCCCGGAUGCCUCGCCGACGACUUCUCGGAUGUGCCAUUCGCCAAGGCCUUGGGAGACGCCGAGGAGGUGAUCUUUCUGCGGCACAUCGUUCCCAAGUUCUGGUGGAAGGCGCUGCGGUGGCUAGGAGUCGGUGAAGAGAAGAAGCUGGCGAUGGCGCACAGGGUGAUGGACGAUUUCGCGACAAGCACGAUCACGAGGAGGAAAGAGAGCAUCAGCAAAGAGAUCAGAUCCCGCGAAGACGGCGAAGACGAUGAGGAAGCAGCAGCCGACCUGUUAACUGUUUACAUGCAUCAGCCGACCGUGAGAGAGAAGAACGCACUGGAGUUCGACAAGUUCAUCAAGAACAAUGCACUGAACCUACUGCUCGCGGGGAGAGACACCACCGCGGCCACGCUCACGUGGUUCUUUUGGCUGCUCUCCAUGCACCCACACGCGGAGCACGAGAUCCUCGAGGAGCUGAGACGACACUGGCCCGCGGCACCGGACGAAACCCCGAACCCUAACACGCCGUUCGACAGGGACGGGCUUGGGAAGCUCGUGUACUUGCACGCGGCCCUGUGCGAGUGUUUGAGGCUCUACCCACCCAUCCACGCUCAAAGCAGGGAAGUGGCGAAGCCGGACGUGCUCCCCAGCGGCGAGAAGGUUCGUCCCGGAACGCUGCUCGUCUUCCACGCGUACUCCAUGGGAAGAAUGGAGGGACUAUGGGGGAAGGACUGCAUGGAGUUCAAGCCCGAGAGAUGGAUCACGGAGAGUGGAGACCUGAGGCACGAACCUGCCCACAAGUUCUUCGCCUUCAGCUGUGGCUCCAGGAUCUGUCAGGGCAAGGAUAUGGCUUUCAUUCAUAUGAAGACUGUGGCGGCCGCCAUGCUCCGUAACUUUCGCUUUGAGGUGGUGGAAGGACAUGUGGUGGAACCGAAGCUUUCCAUCAUACUCCACAUGAAGAAUGGUCUGAUGGUGAAGGUGUGUAAGAGGGAAAGGAGCGCUGUUACUGUAUGAAGAUUAGAAUUGUGGCACUUAAUUUCGUUGGUUGCUAAUAUAUUACGUUUA